AUGGUCUACGCAUUUAUCCUUCCAACCACCUCGCCUCUCUCGUUUCAAUCAUUUAUCUUCUCUACUACUCACCCCUCCCUCCCCCAAUCAGCCUCAACAACCCGCCAUGCUCUCCGCCUCGCACUAAAGGCCCACAAGCGCUUACCCCGCGGCCCCCGCCAGGAUGCUCACUUACCCACAGUUCUGUCCGCCUUGAAUGAAUACAUCCCCUACCUAUUUGCCAUCUCAGAUGGGUUGAAUGGUCGCUCCGUUCGAACAGAUGCAUAUUCCUCUGCCCCACAAGACGGCUACACGUCAGGCGGAACGAAUCUCCGCACCGGCGAAGUAGUCGAUAUCACCAUCCGUGCGGAGAUACAGUCAGCAUGGAGAUGUACUCUCUCAUCCUCGGCCGGAUUGAAUCUCGGCUCCGGUGGCAAUAAUGCAGGCGGAACCGGUAUCCGCACGCGGAAUGGGCGAGUGUCUGGCCGAGGCAUCCACUUCGAAUUGGCCUUUACGCUCACAACUCUGGGCUAUGUAUUGAGUAGGAUGGCGCGCGUUGGAAUCCUAGCUACACUGUACGCACCAUCUACCCCUUCUGCGGAGGUCCGUACUGCUGCUGUGCAGACCGCCACGCGGUAUCUACUACAGGCUAGCUCGGUGCACAAUCUGCUUGCGUCCUUGCCGAUUUUCACCGCGGCUACCGUGUCGACAGUGCCGGAGCUCGAGUCCGGUACGCAGUCAGCUCUAUCCUCUCUAGCCCUGGCUGAGGCUACAUUACUGGCUGUUCUUAAGGAUGAUGCGUAUGUUGUGGCGUGUAUCCAGUCGCGCAAUCCGAAUGAUAAAGAGUGGAUGGUCCAUGCACCUCAAAUCCCGAAAGUACGUGCCUUACUGUUUGCAAGACUCUGUGUUCGUGCUGCAGAGUACGCCGAACAAGCGGCUGCAGGUCUAGGUGCUGUUGGAUCUACUUCCGGUCGUGCAGGCCGUGUGGAUGAAGACCUGGUCGGCUAUGCUAGAGUUUUGGCUCGCGUUGCCCGGGCACGUGCCUGUCGUUUCUUUGGUGUAGAUGCUGAGCUAUCAGGCAAAGUUGGUGAAGGUAUUGCGUGGUUGCGAGCUGCACACACUCCACUCGGCUUACGUGGAGGGUCUGCGGAGGAAGCCGGUGCUAGCUCGGGAGGUUCUGCGAAGGGCGGACUGUCGCGUUUAAAGCGAGAGUGGACAGAGCGGCGUGAAGAACGUCGAGUCACUAAGGAUGCUGGCGGCAGUCGCAGCGAAAAGGGCCCAUUGGAUGCGGGUGAUGAUGCUGGUCGUGACGAGGAGGGACGAGUCAUCUUGAUGCUUGAGGCAAAAUGGGUCAAAAUGAAUGACAUAAUCAACACCCAACUCAUCCCACCGUCUGCACCAUUGUUGUCUAAUCUCCCUUCGGGUCGUGAUAUUCACUCCCCACCCGCACCAUACCAGCCCCCUUCUUUAGAUCAGGAUCAGCUCAUGCGGAUGCGUGCUCCACCAGAUGAGAAACACGAUAUUCAAGUUGGAAGCGACGACGAUAGCGAGGACGAUGCAGGCCGCGCACCUCCGGGGGGAUUCCCGGACCGAAGUGCAACCGCCUCAAGCGUUUAUUAUUGA